AGAACACCAAACUCCUCAUUUGGACCAGCAACAUCCAUCCAACCCGCCAGCAUGGGUAUUCAGAAGAAGCACGGCAAGGGUCGUUUGGAUAAGUGGUACAAAUUGGCCAAAGAGAAGGGAUAUCGGGCCCGAGCUGCAUUCAAAUUGAUCCAGCUAAACAAGAAAUAUGGAUUCUUGGAGAAGAGCAAAGUCUUGUUGGAUCUUUGUGCUGCUCCUGGGUCAUGGUGUCAAGUUGCUGCAGAGACUAUGCCGGAGGGUUCCCUCAUUGUCGGUGUUGAUCUUUCUCCCAUCAAAGCAAUCCCAAAAUGCAUAACUUUCCAAAGCGAUAUCACAACUGAUAAGUGCCGAGCUACGAUUCGUCAAUAUCUGAAGACAUGGAAGGCGGAUACAGUCUUGCACGAUGGUGCGCCGAAUGUUGGUACUGCAUGGGUUCAGGAUUCUUUCAACCAAGCAGAAUUGGCUUUGCAGGCUAUGAAGCUGGCAACCGAAUUUCUAGUCGAAGGAGGUACUUUUGUCACAAAAGUCUUUAGAUCAAAGGAUUACAACAAUCUGCUUUGGGUCUUCAAUCAACUCUUCACCAAAGUCGAAGCUACAAAGCCGCCGUCCUCGAGAAAUGUUUCCGCCGAAAUUUUUGUCGUUUGUCGAGGCUUCAAAGCCCCCAAACGAAUUGACCCCAAAUUUCUUGAUCCUAGAUCUGUCUUCGCCGAGCUUUCAGAUCCUACACCCAACAAUGAAGCCAAGGUUUUCAAUCCAGAAGUCAAGAAGCGGAAGAGAGAUGGUUAUGAGGAGGGGAAUUAUACACAGUUCAAGGAGGUGCCAGCUAGCGAGUUCAUACAGACGACUGAUCCCAUUGCUAUUCUUGGUAGUCUGAACAGACUAAAUUUUGAGCAGCCACCGAACGGCGAUGUCGCUCUUGCGGCUCUGGACAAACUACCAGAAACCACGCAAGAAAUCCGAAAUUGCUGUGCUGAUCUAAGAGUAUUGGGGCGAAAGGAGUUCCGCAGUCUUUUGAGAUGGCGAUUGAAAGUUCGCGAGAAGUUUGGGUUUGCGACGAAGAAGACUGCGAACGCCGCCGCUGCUGAAGAAGAAGUCGCAGAAGUCGAGUCCAUGGAUGAGGAACUAAAGAUUCAGGAAGAAUUACAAGAAUUGAGUGAGAAGGAGACUUCGAGAAAGAAGCGGGAACGGAGAAGAGAAAACGAGAAAAAGCAGAAGGAAAUCAUUCGAAUGCAACUCCACAUGACUGCACCAACUGAAAUUGGUCUUGAGCAAGCAGGGCCCAAUGGAGAAGGCUCGAUGUUUGGGCUCAAGGCUAUCGAUAAGUCUGGAGCCGUGGACAAAAUUGCCAAGGGCAAGAUGGCAAUUUUGACUGAAGCGGAUGCUCGGAAGGAUCAAGAUAGUGGAUUUGGAUCAGGAGAAAAUGACGAGGAGAGCGACAAUGAGCAGGAUAGGCUAGACCGAGAGCUUGAUUCUCUAUACGAGCAAUACCAAAAUCGGAAAUCCGAUGCUGAUGCUAAGUUUCGGGCAAAGAAAGCACGAAAAGAGCAUGGCGACAACGAGUGGGAGGGAUUCUCGGCAGGAGAGCAUGACAGCGAGGACGACGACGAGCUGGAGGAAGAUAGCAGUGACGAGUCUUCUGAUGAGGAGGCGCCAUCGAAGCGAUCGCUUUUGACCAAUCUGGAUAGCAACGAGAAGAAGUCAGGGGGCCUAUCCCGGCGAGCAGCACAGUUCUUUGACCAGGACAUCUUCAAGGACAUAGGAGGACUUCCAGAAGAGGAAGAUGAGGAGGAGGUAGAUGCAGACCUUGAUCGCUUAAAUUCUAUCAUUCAACCAGAUGAUGAGGCCGAAUCCAAGGACGACCUUCCAGAACUAGCAGAAGACGCCGAAUCUGAGUCCGAUGACGACGAGAAAGGAUUUGAGGUAGUCAAACGUACAGAUGCAGAAAAACAGUGGGAGGACGAGGCACCGCGAAGAGAUGGCAAGCUCGACAUCGAUAUCAUCACAGCAGAAGCCAUGACUCUUGCACAGCAGAUUGCCUCGGGAGAGAAAACAACUCGAGAUCUCAUAGAUGAAGGUUUCAACAAAUAUGCCUUCAAGGACCGCGAUGGUUUACCCGAAUGGUUUCUCGAUGACGAGAAACGGCACGAUAAACCCCAUCGGCCCAUUACAGCUGCCGGUGCCGCAGCCAUCAAAGAGAAGCUCCGCGCCCUGAAUGCUCGACCUAUUAAGAAGGUGCGAGAAGCCAAAGACAGGAAGAAGUUCAAGGCUGCGCAGCGAUUGGAGAAGUUACGGAAGAAGUCUGCCAUGUUGCAAGACGAGGAGGGAAUGACUGAGAAGGAGAAAGCUCAGAGCAUUAUGAAGCUGAUGAGUAAAGCGGUGAAAAAGAAGCCCCAACAACAGGUGAAGGUUGUUGUUGCGAGAGGUGGAAAUAGGGGUAUUGCUGGGCGACCAAGGGGCGUAAAGGGGAAGUACAAGAUCGUUGAUGCUAGGUUGAAGAAGGACACCAGGGCUCUGAAACGGGCUGCUAAGAAGCAGAAAUGAAUGGCAUUUAUGUAGAUGAUGCAAUGUCAUUGUUACUUGUUGCUGUCAUUAUUCUCGUGGACCAUUUCAAAAUCCAUGUUUAGCGUUGACUCAAAUGACCAAAGAGAAGUGAUGGUGCCAAAAUCGUUUCCUUUCACGAGAAUCGAGGAUGAAGAGCCAGGACUCGCAGACAUUGUUAGUAUAUUUUCCAGAGAAGUGAAAUGUAAGAAAUGGCAU